ACACUGGUUGUAUGUUGUACUCUACCGAGGGCGCUUGGUUUAUGCUGCUUUUCCGAUAAUGGCACUUUCUGUAGUAAAGGUGAAGCUAGAGAGAGUGCUUGAUAAAAAUCCACAAGAUCUUGUCCGUGGAAUUAGGAAGCACGGUGUGGACGAGGCCAAAUACAUAGGUCAAUGUCUAGAUGAAAUUAAAAAUGAGUUGAAAGACAGUUCAUUUUCAGUUAAGGCCAACGCUAUUAGCAAAUUAUUAUACAUUCAAAUGCUUGGCUAUGAUACCAGCUGGGCUGUGUUCAAUAUCGUUGAGGUUAUGAGUUCUCAGAAGUUCACUUUCAAACGUAUAGGGUAUUUAGCAGCUUCUCAGAGCUUUCAUUCUGGUACAGAUGUCCUCAUGCUUGCCACUAAUCUUAUUCGCAAGGAUUUAAUAAGCUGUAACUUGUAUGACGCUGGAAUCGCCUUAUCGGGUGUGGCAUGUUUCAUUAAUCCAGAUCUUGCCACGGAUUUGUACUCUGACAUUCUAAGUCUGAUGAAUUCUCCAAGACCAUAUUUACGAAAGAAAGCCGUAUUAUUACUAUACAAAGUUUUCCUUAAUUAUCCUGAAGCACUUCGUAUUUGUUUCCCACAGUUGAAAGAUAAGCUGGACGAUCCAGACCCAGGUGUACAAUCUGCAGCUGUUAAUGUAAUAUGUGAAUUGGCACGUAAAAAUCCAAAGAAUUACCUAUCACUUUCACCUAUAUUUUUUAAACUUAUGACUACAUCAACAAAUAAUUGGGUUCUUAUCAAAAUCAUUAAAUUGUUUGGCACAUUGACACCUUUGGAACCAAGGCUAGGCAAAAAGCUAAUCGGACCGUUGACCAAUUUAAUCCAUAGUACUUCAGCAAUGUCAUUGUUAUAUGAAUGUAUAAAUACGGUUGUUGCAGUAUUAAUAUCAAUAUCUUCUGGAAUUCCUAGUCAUCAAGCUUCUAUACAGUUAUGCGUUCAAAAAUUACGCAUCCUAAUUGAAGAUUCAGAUCAAAAUUUAAAAUAUCUUGGACUAUUAGCAAUGCGUAAAAUUCUGUUAUAUCAUCCACAAAGUGUACAACCUCAUAAAGAUUUAAUAUUAGGUUGUCUGGACGAUAAAGAUGAGUCGAUUCGAUUACGUGCAUUGGAUUUACUACAUGGUAUGGUAUCAAAAACUAAUCUAAUGGAUAUUGUUAAACAUUUGAUGAUACAUAUUGGCAAUUCGUCAUCUGGUUUACAUUAUCGUAAUGAAUUAUUGAGUAAAGUUGUGUAUAUCUGUUCACAAGAUAAUUAUCGUAAUGUUACAUCAUUUGAAUGGUAUGUUACUGUUCUUGUGGAAUUAGCCAGCAUUGAUGGUAUUCGAAAUGGUGAAUUAUUAGCUGCUCAACUUAUGGAUGUUUCCAUUCGCGUACCGACUGUUCGAACGUUCUGUGUUGAACAAAUGGCUAUAUUACUGGAUAUUAGUCAGUCGUUAACAAGCGGAGGUAAACAAAAUGCUAUUCAAGAAACACUUCGUGCAGCAGCAUGGAUAUGUGGUGAAUAUGCAGAAAGUCUAAACAAUCCAGAACAAACACUGAAUUCAAUUGUCUCAAUUGCCCUUGAACUACCCGGUCUAUCUAGUUCAAUUCAAGCCGUACUUAUAUUCAAUGCUUUCAAAAUAUACAGUGUUGUCAUUAAAAGUAUGACUUGUAAAGCUAUUCAAAGUUUACCUUCGACGUUUACAAAUAAAAAGUAUCAAGAAAACGGUGAACAUUUAAUUGAUACGAGUGACAACGAACAUCAUAAUAAUACUGAAACUGUAGAUGAUCAAGUUACAAGUUUAAUGGUUUUACAAAAUUUAAUUAUUCAUCUGAUAGAGUUGACAAAUUUUCUUAUGAAUAAAUUUAUCCAGUAUGUUCAUUCAUCUGAUUUAGAAGUUCAAGAACGUGCUGUAUCGAUUCACCAAGUAUUGAGUUUAGUGUCGAAGCGUUUUACGAAAAUCCAAUCCUUUCUAUCCAGUUCAUCAACCGUACAACAAAAUAAUAAUUCGUCAACAUUAAUUUUGGACAAUUAUUUUUCUUCACCUUCAUUAUCCAAUCAUCAAUCAUUGGAUAAUUUACCUGAUCAGUUUCAUAAUUCUCAACUCAUCAGUUCUUCUAUUAAUGUUACUAAUGUCAAUAACAAUACAGGUGACAACAGGGUCGACACACAACUUCAUUCACGAAGUAAUUCAAUUCAAAUGGAUACCAUGCCUUCACUUUCCUCCGUAGUAUCACCAACUGUGAUUCUCAAUUUAAUUCAAUCAAUUAUAAACGAAAUAAGUGCUUUGUUCACCGGUGAAAUCAUCCCUGUAGCACCAAAAGCUCAGAAAAAGGUUCCUAUUCCCGAAGGGUUAGAUUUAGACGCUUGGAUUAAUCCACCAGUACCAAUUCGUAAACAACCGUGGACAAAUGCAUUAGAUUUUAUUGGAAAAUCUAUAAAUGACACGGAUGAUCAUCAUUCUACUCAUUGGAAUAAUGAAUGUGAUAUAUUCUUUGGUUUACAAGAUAAUAAAUCUCAAACUGUUCAACUAACAGCGGAACAGUUGGAUGAGAUGCGUUCAAAACGGUUGCAAAAUCAACAAAACAAUCCUAAUUACUUAAAACCGGUAAAUCCUAAAAAGAAUAAUUUAGAGAACUCGUUAAAUGAACAACAUAAUGAUGUUAACUCAAUCAAAAAUGGUAUUGAACAGCUAAGUCUAAAUGUAACUGAUUCUAACAAACAGUAUUGUCAAACACAAAGUAGUGCGCGUAAAUUGGCUACAUCCGAUCAGUUCGCUGCUGAAAUGCGUAAAAAGUUUCAAACUGCUGCGUCUGAUGUAGAACGAAAAUUAAGAUCAACAACGAAGAGCAAUUAUUCGAAAAACAUCCAUAAGAAAAAACAUCCGAUCAUGUCACCACCACCAUCCUCAUCGUCAUUAUCUUCAUUAACAAGUAAUAAUAAUUCUAAAUCAACUAGUCAGGUUGAAAAUACUCAGGAAGAAAAUAAAAUAGAUUAUAUUAUAAAAGACAAAUUUACUUCACAUGUUGUUCGUUGUGAUUAUGAUAUGCCUGAGGGAGUGACCAUAGAUAAUGAAUCGCCAAGCGAUACUGAAAACGCUAAUGAUCCACAUCAUCGACUAAAUAUUGUAUUGGAUAAUAUUAUUACACAAGAUAACAAUGAAUUGCCACAUUCGAUUCCAUCUCAACAAAGUAAACAUUCGACAGGUCACAAGACUUCACCAAAGAAGUCUUCAAAAUUAUCGUCUAAACACCAUAAAAUGAAUAAAGAAAAGGUGAAUAAUAAUCAUCAACUAGUCAAUGAAUCAAUAUCUCCCGAAAAUAUUAAUUAUGAGAAUUUAUUAACUAAUAAUGAUAAUAAUACAACUUGUCAUCGAUCAGGCUAUGAAGCAUUCGAAUCAGAUAUAAAGCAAACUAAAAUAUUAUCAUCACAAAAAGUCCCUUUGAAAUCAUCAUUGAAUUCUCAUAGUAAUAAUAAUAACAAACAGGUAGUAUAUACAGCUUAUGUGCUUAUUCACAGGUGUCCGUAACAUCUCCAGAUACUAAACAUGUGAGUGAUAGCCAUCUGGUUGAGGUAAAUAUAUUGAGUUACUCAUUUCUAGCUUAUCGACUAUUCCAUCUGGCUUGUCAUACAUAAUGUUUUACCUAGUCUCCUUAUUCCUUGAUUACUAGGUGUAUCUCGAUGUAAUCUUUAAUGCUAUUUGUAAUAUAACUUGUUACGGGUUGUUCUUUGUCUUUUAUUUUUAUUUCAGUCCCCUAAUAAUUCACCAAUACCAUCCGUUCAAUAUUGUAAUAAAUCCAUUAUUAGUAGUAACAAUGAUAAUAUAUCUAUACCUGAAACUAAGUUCUGUAUAUCAUCAUCAGUAAUAAAUACUGACAUGUUCACUUCCCUUUUGUCAACCGGUGAAUUGAAUUCGUUCCAAUCAACAAAAAUUUGUUGUCCUAGUUUAUUGUCAAUUAUCCGUCAAUCUGAAAAGUCUAAUUCUCUAUUAAUGCAUACAAAUAAAGUCUUUACACAAAUAAUAUCUGUACUUGAAAAGAAGAUACCAUGUUUAGUAAUUGAGUCUUUGGAUAAUCGUGCCGCUUCACUCUACACAGAAUACAUUCCACUCAGAGAACCGUUAUGCAUCUUAAUGAAAAUAUCCUUUACUACUGGAACAAUACGAAUCGAUAUUCGAUCUACCAAGGAGGAUGCGGUGCAUUCAUGUGUCGCACAUUUAACAAAUCUAGUCAAACAGAUUAAAUUCGAUCUAUGACAUAAUGUAUUUAUAGUACUAUAUAUGUAAUAGUGUAUCGUUCGUUUCUUUUUCUUUCUCUUGUAUUGGUUUUUCCUAAACUUAUCCUACAAUCUGUUUCUCGAUUGUUAAUACUCCUUUGUUGUGAUUUGGGUUUUUUUUUAAUUUCACGACUACUCUGUGUUGAUGUUGUUUGUUUUAAUUUGGUAUACAAUAUUAUUUGUGACGAUGAUAACUUAUUACACGAACAUAUAUGUAUGCCUAUCAACGAUUCCUAGCUAACUGUGAUCUAAUGUGUUUACCAUGUAUUUUUUUGAUUGUUUGUACUUAUGUAGUUUUGUUGUUUCGAUUAUCCUAUAUACACAUACUUAUGGUGUCUUUCAGAUAUUAAGAUGUGUAUAUUUUAUUGCGUCUUUGAUAUUUUAACUAAUACAAAAGAUGAUUUUUUUGUUUAAACAUAUAUUAUUAUUAUUAUUAUUAAUAUUAUCGCUAUUCAUGAUUUCCAUUGGCUUAUCUUAUUUUCUCUAGGUAAUUUUCUUGUCUUCUGUGAUUGAUAAUCAUCAAUAUGAAAGUUGUGGUACUCCUAUUUCUAUCUCUUCCCCUCUUCGUUGUCUGUAUUCUUUUAUUUCACUGUUUUGCAUACAAAUUUCUUCAUUUCCUUUAUAUUUAUUCCCAUUGAUGAUUUGUCUAGUGUUUAUUUUCUAUGUGUUUACAUUUUUCUUCGGGUAACCAGUGUGUGUGUCUGUACAGAUUGACACUUUAUCUUAGUACAUUACAGUUAUCUGGGUGAAAUAAUUCAACUAUGUGUAGAAUGUUUAAUUUUUUUAAGAAUUAGAAACUACUAAGCAUAUGAUUACUCCGUGUAAUAUUAAUAAGAGUUCUUUCCUAUUAAUGCAAUAUUAUAAACUAUUCAUCAUUUUUGUGCCUAAAUUUAACACAAUAAUUGAAAAAGAACAAAUCAACAAUCUUAAAUAAAAUCCAUUGUAAUAAAUUAUGUAAGAAUUUCGAAAUAUGAGUACAUGUGUCGUCCAUGGUAUCCUGCCGACUACCACCAAUCACCUAACAAUUAUUUUUAUAGUUGAGAUAGUGAAUCAAUUAAUCUCAACUAUUAAAUUAUAAUAUCCACAAAAACCCCUUUCUAAAUUAUUUCUAUAAGAACGCGAACAAAAAGAAAAUAGACGAAAAUCGGAACACCAAGAGAAAAUACAGUAAAACUAUUAGCGCUUAUAUAAAAU